AUGGCACCAAAGCAGAUUACCAUCGGUGCUGGAUAUGACCAGAAUGAGCUCAAUCCGGAGAUGCAGCAGUUGAUUGUCCAAGUUGAGGGCUUGACCUUGGACGAGGUGAAUGAGAUGGACACAGAGUUUCAGGCAGAGCUCCGUGCUAUGCAGAUGCGGGUGUCCGUCUUGAAUGACCGCCGUGCUCAGAUUGUUCAGCAGGAGACACAGGCACGUGCCAAAGCAAAGGCAUCUGCAAAGGCACAGACCAUUGCAGAAGCAUUGGCGGUCAAGAAGACUGGAACCGUCACUGUGCUCGUCUGCUCUCUUCCUUCCAUGAAUGUCUAUUCCAUCACCGUUGAGAAAGCCAAGACGGUGGGGAAGUUGAAGAGCAAGUUCGUCCGCAGGAGCGGACUUCAUCCCACCUAUGGCAAGAAGGGCGGCCUUAAGAAGGACAACCUGCUCCUUGUGGAUAACGCCAACACGGCACUUGUCCCAAGGUCAUUCAUCUACAAUGUCCCGUCGCUGAACGGUGGAAGGGUUGUGGCAAUUGAGCGGGACAACUAUGAAGUUGUCCCUACGACCUUCCGCUUCCCCGACUUCGACCGUCGUGCGGACGCCCCCAUCGAUGAGGAGGACGAUGGAGUGGAUGAUGAGGAGAGCGACGAUGAAGAUUGA